AUGAACUUUACAAGCUUGGGUUGCUUUGUUCAAUUCUUCUACCUUUUCUCCUUUUUAAUUUCUGUCACAUUUUCACUAAACCCUGAUGGGGUCUCUCUCUUAGCUCUCAAAGCCGCCAUUGUUAAAGAUCCAACUGAAGCUCUCAUUUCUUGGUCUGACUCAGAUUCAACUCCUUGCAGGUGGGAUGGAAUCAUCUGCGAUCACGCCCACCGUAGGGUGCUCUCCAUUUCUCUCCCAAGCAAGAAUCUCACCGGCUACAUUCCAUCAGAGAUUGGUGCCCUCACAUUUCUCACUUUUCUUGAUCUCUCACAAAACUCAUUCGGUGGGCCCUUGCCUCAUCAUAUCUCUGCCCUUCAAAACCUCAUGCAUCUUGAUUUAUCUUCCAAUAAUUUCAACGGCUCGCUCCCAGAAAGCCUGAGCAAUCUGACCCAUUUGUCAGGGACUUUAAAUCUUUCGUAUAACUCAUUUUCCGGCGAGAUUCCGGCGAGUUUUGGGCAGUUUCCGGUGAUGGUCAGCCUUGAUCUCCAGCAUAAUAAUCUUACUGGUAAAAUACCUCUGGUGGGGUCGCUUUUAAACCAGGGCCCAACUGCAUUCACUGGAAAUCCUAAUCUCUGUGGUUUUCCUUUGAUUAAUAAUCCUUGCGCAGAGCCCGAAGCACAAAAUCCUAGGCUCUUGAACAACCCUCAAUGGCCCGAAAAUGGCGGGCUUUCCUCAAACGGGCUUGCGGGCAAUAGAAAGAUAAAUAGUGGGCCGGUCACAAUUUCUGUGAUUUCAGGGGUUUCAUUUGUGAUUGGGGUGGUUUUCAUCUCUGUGUGGGUGAUCAAGAAAAAAUGGAAGGAUGUGGAGGGCAAAUUGGGUAAAGAAAAUGUCGCCAUCGGCGGCGGGGAUGCCGUUGCCGUGAGGGUGGGCUGUGAGGAAGGGCAAAAGGGUAAAUUUGUAGUCUUGGAUGAAGGGUUUAGUUUGGAAUUGGAGGAUUUGCUGAGGGCAUCAGCUUAUGUAGUGGGGAAAAGCAGGAGUGGUAUUGUGUACAAGGUGGUGGCCGGCGGAGGCGGGAGGGGGGUGGGGCCUGUUUUCGGUCGCCGGUUUCCGGUGACUGCCGCCGUGAGGCGGCUGUGCGAGGGCGAGUCGCGGUGGAGGUUUAAGGAGUUUGAGGCUGAGGUGGAGGCUAUUGGUAAGGUGCAGCAUCCGAAUAUCGUGAGGCUGAGGGCGUUUUACUUUGCCAGCGAUGAUAAAUUGCUGAUUUCGGAUUUUGUUCCCAAUGGGAAUUUGCACAAUGCAUUGCACGGUGGGCCAGGGAACACAUUGCCUCCGCUCUCAUGGGCAACAAGGUUUCGGAUCAUUCUAGAAACUUCACGGGCUCUUACGCACAUUCACGAAUGCAGCCCCAAAAAACACAUCCAUGGGAACAUAAAACCGUCGAAAAUCCUCCUAGACGAAGAGCUAAAACCGUACAUUUCUGGUUUUGGGCUGACCCGGCUCGCACCAAACGGGUCAAAAUCCACAAACAUUAGUUCCAAGAAGCUAAGUUUUAGCCAAGAUAUCAUGAGUACCAAAAGUUCAAGCUCGUCAAACAUUACUACUGCUGCUUACCUGGCGCCCGAGGCUCGAGCUCAUGGUUCCAAGUUGACCCAAAAAUGCGAUGUGUACUCCUUUGGAAUCUUGCUUCUGGAAAUUCUUACGGGCCGGGCUCCAGACAGAGAAGAUGAUAACGGGCUUGAGGACUUUGUGAGAAAGGUUUUUCGCGAGGAGAGGCCAUUGUCCGAGAUUAUAGACCCGUCUCUUUUGCACGAGGCCCACGCGAAAAAACAAGUGGUUGCGACUUUUCAUGCUGCAUUGAGUUGUACCGAACGAGAUCCUGAGUUAAGGCCGAAAAUGAGAGUAGUUUCAGACAAUCUCGAUUGCAUCAAAAUGCGGUGA